AUGGGUAUUUGCGUGAGCUGCCGGCGCCGAGAGCGGAAGGCACCAGAGAAGAGGUCGGUGCCGGGAGCGGGCGGGCCCGCUAAGGGCACUGCGGCAGCAGAGCUGCUGCCGCGCCGCGUUGACCAACUGACAGCCAUGGCCAACUCCAUGUCCAACAUCAAGAUGACAAACCCUCUCAAGGGCAUCGUUAGCAAGCGCCGGAAGCGCUACAUCAAGGACGGAUUCAACCUGGACUUAGCCUAUAUCACAGACAGGCUUAUAGCGAUGGGCUUUCCCGCCGAGAAGUUAGAAGGAGUAUACAGGAAUCACAUAGACGAAGUGUACAGGUUUCUAGAGAAGAUGCACAAGGACCACUAUAAGAUAUACAACCUCUGCUCGGAGAGGUCUUAUGAUUCGAGCAAAUUCCACGAGAGGGUGGCGCGGUACGCGUUAGAAGACCACACGCCGCCGAAUAUUGAGUUGAUACAGCCAUUUUGUGAAGAUGUCCACAACUGGCUGUCUGCUGACUCCAAAAAUGUCGCCGCCGUGCAUUGUAAAGCGGGCAAGGGACGGACGGGGACAAUGGUGUGUUGCUACCUACUGUACAGCCGACAGAAAGCGUCUGCGGACGAAGCCCUCAAGUUCUACGGCACGAAGAGAACCCACGACGAAAAAGGCGUGACGAUUCCGUCGCAGCGCCGCUACGUGGAGUACUACGCGGCGCUGGUGACGUCGGGGCUGCAGUACUCGGCCACGCGCGUGCACAUCCGCGAGCUGGUCAUGUCGCCGCCGCCCACGCUCAACGGCGGCACCUGCUCGCCCGAGCUCACCGUCUCACAGGCACAGCCUUCCUUCAAGACGCCAUCAGGCUGCCACGAGGUCCGCAAAGACGAGGGCAGUAUCCGCGUGUACCUGACUCACUGCACGCCGCUGUACGGGGACGUGCGCGUCGACGUCUACAACAAGCCCAAGAUGAAGAUGCGCAAGGAGAAACUCUUCCAUUUCUGGUUCAAUACCUUCUUCGUGGCUGCCGGAGUCGGCGCUGAACGAGUGCCCGCGUUAGAUGAUAGUCCAAACUUGGAGGCUUUCAAGCUGACGUUAAAUAAGUGGCAGUUGGACGAGGCGCACAAGGACAAGCAACAUAAACACUAUAGUCCAGACUUCAAGGUGGAGCUAAUAGUACAGAAGAUGCCGAUGUCGUCAACAUUCAGCGGGCACCCGGCGCGCGAGUCCCCGGCGGUGUCGUCGUCGUCGUCGUGUUGCAGCGAGCCGGACGACGCCGAGCCCGACGCGCACUGGGACUCCGGGCGCGCGUGCCGCCGCGUGGGCCACUACCGCCCGCUGUCGCCGCGCCACCCGCACACGUAA